AUGCUAAAUAAAUCAAUAAAAGUAACAAAAAAAGUUAUUAUCAUUAAUCAAAAAACUGACACUAUAAGUGAGAAUACAAAUCUGAUAAAUAGAGAACCAUCGAAAAAUGGUGGUGAAGUGCAGAAGACCAAUUAAAAGAAUUCAAAUUAAACUUAGAUGAACAAUGAAAUAGACUAAUGUAAAAUAUGUGUUAUAAGGAAAGAGAGGUGCGAUUUAAGACAGUUACAGGAAAUGAUAGACAUAUAUUUAAAAAACAAUUAGAAAAUCAAGGAGAUCAAAUCGAUAGUGGAUUCAUUAAAAAAUAGAACUAGCAAAUUGGAAUAACAAAUGAGACAGCAGGAAGGGAGAUACAAAGUGAAGAGAAAAAGAAAUAUAAAGUUUAAAUUAGUAAUUAUAAUUUCAAGUGUUUCUCAAAGAAUUGUGAGAAGAGUUAUGGGUCCAUGGUGUCCUUGA